GCCCCGGCGGGGGGAGGCCCCGGCUCACCUGGCGGCGGUGCGGGGGGAGCCCCGGCGGGGGACGGUGCCUGCCAGCCCCCGCCGGAGCGCCCCUUCCGCGGCCUUUGUCUGCGCUGUCACAUGGGCCGCGGUGCGGGAUUUAAGCGGGGCUCCGCAGGACAUGCCGUGAGCGGCGCGCCGCAGCCCUGCCCGCAGCGGCAGCGCUCCGCCCGGCCGGGGAUGCGGCUCUAGCGGCCCCGCGAUGAGCGGCUCCUCCAUGGCGAAGAGCGAGUCCCGCACUUCGCUGCUGAAGGCGGCGGGGAGCGGGAGGGCGGCGGGCGCCCAGCCCCGACCCCAGCCCCGCGGCGGCCGUGCCCGGGACGGCAGAGGACGAGGCGGGCAGGCGGGCGGGGAGUCGAGCCGGGAGGCGCUCCCCGGGGAGCCCAGUGCCCGCAGGCCGCUCUGCCACCCGGGCGCCCGCGAGGACGGAGCGAGGGGCGCGGGGAAGCUGUCACAUGGACGGGGGGAGAGCCAGCCGGAGCCCGCGGAAGGAGGUCCAAGGAGAGGAGGCAGCGGCAAGGAAGCGGCGCGGCCAGCCCGGCACCACCACCAUCCCCCGCCGCACGGCAACCACGGUCACCCCCAGGACCAGCAGCAGCUCUCAGACAGGGAUGGGGAGGAGGCGGAGGAGGACUUUUUCCUCAGUCACAGGCAGAGGUCCAGCAGAGAGUCCCUGAAGCUCUCAGAGGGCGCCUCGCCUCUGUCCAAAUCCAGCAGCAAGUACUCCACCAAGUCCAGCGGCAGCGAGCGGUCGGUGGAAGCGGACCCCCUUUUCCACCAGCUGCACCCCAUGCUCAGCUCGGUCUUCGGCCAGGAUAGAGAACUGCGUCCAGAAGAAAUUGAAGAAUUAAGAGAAGCCUUUAAGGAGUUUGAUAAAGACAAGGAUGGGUUUAUUAACUGCAGGGACCUGGGGAACUGCAUGCGAACCAUGGGCUACAUGCCUACUGAAAUGGAGCUCAUAGAACUCUCCCAGCAGAUCAACAUGAACUUGGGUGGCCAUGUGGAUUUUGAAGAUUUUGUUGAGCUGAUGGGACCAAAGCUGCUGGCAGAAACUGCAGACAUGAUUGGUGUAAAAGAGCUCCGUGAUGCCUUCAGAGAGUUUGACACUAAUGGUGAUGGGGAGAUCAGCACCAGUGAGCUGCGAGAAGCCAUGAAGAAGCUUCUAGGGCAGCAGGUGGGUCAUCGGGAUAUUGAAGAGAUCAUCCGGGACGUGGAUCUGAAUGGAGAUGGGCGCGUUGACUUUGAAGAGUUUGUUCGCAUGAUGUCCCGCUGAAGAAUAUUCUCAGCUAAAGAAAAAUCAGCACCUUAGAGAGGGCAGAAGAGGACCUAGAUGGAGCAUCUAGCCCCGAUGUUCCCACAGGAAGGUUUAUCGGCUGGCUGCAAACGGGACAUUGCAAGAUGACCUGCUGCUCCUCCCUCACGGUGGUCCCCAUGCCCCUCCACCCUUUCACACUGUGAAAGACUUACAACUUCCUACAACUGGAACCAUUCCUUUGAGAUGAUUGCAGGAAACUGCAGAGCCAGGACUUGCCAUGAUGCUUUCAUGGGUUAUUUGCAACUUUAGACUCCUCCUUCCCAGCUUUAUUCUCCCACCAGUUGCUGCAAAGCAAGAGCAGGAGAAAUCCUUUUGGCUUGGUGGAUGAGAGCAAAGCCAUUGGAACUGGUGGCAGCCUCAGGGCGUGCUCUGCACUUCUUGGUUUCCCUUGGUGAACCCUGUCUGUGUUUGCUGUCUAUGCGUGUGUCUAUCUGUGUGGAGUUAUUUAUGCUUCCUCAGCACAAAUUUGCAUCUCCCGUGGUUAUGUUUACCAAAAGUAAAUUCAAAUACAUGUCUUGUGGGGGGAAAGCGAUAAAUAUGCACGCUGAAACGAUGUGG